GCUGUUUGCAUCAAUGAUGCUCUACCUCGGGAACUUAUUCUAAAGAUUUUCUCAUAUCUCGACAUCGAAACACUCUGUACAUGCGCUCAGGUUUGCAAAUUCUGGUAUAAGUGUGCCUUUGACGGCAGCAACUGGAAGAGGACGAAUUUGUUUAAUUUCCAGAGAGAUGUUCAGCCCGAAGUUGUUGAAAAAAUCGCACAACGCUGUCAAGGAUUCUUAAGGGAGCUUAUUCUUCGAGGGUGUCGCAAUAUCAAUGAUGACGCAAUAAGGCUAGUUUUAUUUCGAGUAACAGAGUUGCUUGAUACAUCACUACGAUUUACAAGCUUGUGUCGCCUUAUUGAAAUGCUUGAUUUAUCAGAAUGUCAGCAUUUGACCAAUGAGACAUGCAAGUACCUUGGACAGAAUUGCCCUGAACUUCAACAACUCUCUCUUGCUUCGUGUCCGCAUAUCGGUGACGAUGGAUUAAAGAAGUUAAGCGCUUGUGACCGGCUGACUCACUUGGACGUCUCUUGGUGUGCUGUGGGAGAUGAUGGUUUGGCUGCCAUUGCACAGGGGUGUCCCGGUCUCAAAGAACUCAAAAUCAUGGGCUGCCAUGAUGUCACUAGCAGAGGUGUCGGCCAUAUCGCCAGCCGUUCCUGUGGUCUGCUUCUGCUUAGUCUCAGCCAUUGUGGCCAGAAUAUUACCGAUGAGGCGAUGGUUCAUCUGGCUAUGGGCUGCCACUUUUUGCGAGCCCUAUCGAUAUCGCUGUGUCAGAUCACCGAUGCAGGUUUGCGGGCUCUUGCAGGCACUCUGCCGCCUUCGACGGCAGCAGAGAUGUUGGGUAUCAAUAUGUCAGUUCCCUCAGCACCACUGUCCGCGUCUGCGCACGCCGGUAACGGUAGGGCGACGCGCACCCCGCGCAACCGCCCUGUCAGCGAGACCAGCGGCGGCGGUGGUGGAAUUGGAGGUUUCUUCGCUAACGGUGGGACCGCUCACCGCCACUCUUCUGCUUCCACCUCCCCCCUCACUGCUCCUAACUCGCCUUCCGGGUGGGAGGCAUCUAGCCUCCAGCCUAAACCCCUCGUUGUUGCCGGCUGUAAGGAACUAAGAGUGCUUGAGGCCAGCCAAUGCAUCCAAAUAACUGAUACCGGUCUUGCUGCUCUUGCUCGAAAUUGUGUCAAUGCCUAUUUCAAGUGGCUCAAUUCUUCAGAUGAAGUGCUCGAGAAGCUGGAUCUUGAGUACUGCUCGCAGGUGACGGAUGCAACUCUGAUACAACUGGCCACGUACUGUCCACGGAUAAAUACACUGGUUCUGUCACAUUGUGAUCAAAUCACCGAUGAGGGUAUCACACGACUCGUCGGAGGUCUAUGCGGACCACAGCAGCUGCAACGACUAGCAAUGGACAAUUGUCCUCUUCUGACGGAUUCUUCCCUCGAGAUGCUCGGCUCAGUGUGUCAGAACCUUUGUCAAGUCGAUCUCUACGACUGCCAACUUAUCACGCGUCAGGGCAUCGAAAAUCUCAAACAACAGAACCCGCGCCUCAAAAUCCAGGCCUUCUUUGCACCGGGAACGCCGCCUGAGUCAGCUCUCGGUCACCGACGCCGCUACUGCCGAUGCUGUGCCAUCCUUUAA